GAAUUUUAUUACGCGGAGAGGCGCGGAAUCCACGGACCGGUUUCUGUCUGUCGGAAAGAUAGGAUCAUGUGACCGGAAACUUUACCGGAUGUGCUUAGUAACGCAGGUUUUUCUUUCUCGACUCCCAGCUUCUUCUGCUAUCCAGUGUAGGUGUGCAUAAACUUCAUUAUUUAAAAAUAUUUCAUUAGCUCUAUUAAAUAAUAACGAUAUCUGAAUUAUUUAUCGUCCGCCGCUGCUUUGUUUACCGUUUGCAGAAUCGUUUGCUAUUCAAAUCCUCAAUCUGAGGUUCCACCUUGUGUCUGUUGUGAGAUUUCUUGAAGCGCUUCGUUUUUGUGGCGUGCCUUUCUUUACCUUGAUGGUUUACAUUUGUGAAGUUCUAUUUGAACGAUGCGUUCCGUUGUAAUGACGAAGCCUUUUGCUACUAUGAAGGGUUUGUGUAUGAAAUUAUGGUUUCCUGUACGAGCUUGCUGAUGAUGAUUGUAGUGAGCUGGAUAAAAUAUUCCUACCAUGUCUGCCAAAGGUAGGGAAUGUGCUCAACAGCAUGGAUACAGGAGACAGUGUGCGAUCCUUGGAUAACAUUAGUGGAUCUCUUAUUGGAAAUAAUUUAACUUCUGACAUUUUACGGGCACGUGCAAAACAGUAUUACAACAACUGCCAUCCUCAUAAUCAACGGCCUGCAUACCAGAACAAUGCAAUCCACAAAUGUGGUAGUAUGACUCAUAUUAAUGGCUUUGUGAAUGGAAUAAAAACCCCAACAAAGCAUGAACAAAAUAACCGCCAAGCUGUGACUUCCUCCAAAUAUCAGGCGCCACCCAAAUACAGAAGUGACCGUCCUCACCGAUCACACAGUGAAAGAUCCAACAAAUCUCCGAGCGAAAAUCACAACUACAUGGUGGCCAAUAAUGGUAUCUCAACAGCCAAAGUUGGCCUUUACCGGAGUAAUAGCAGCCUGGAUCUGGAUCACAGCCAAGAGAUGCUGGAAGAGCGGUCUGGGCAUUUGAGACGAGAUUACGGCAGCGCCUCUUCUCUCGACCUGAUCAGUGCUACUGGCGAAAGCUUCUUUGCGAUGCUGAGAGAGUUUAGGAGGGACAAUUUUGAUCAAAGAAGUCCUGGCCCAGCUAGAAUUCAAGAGUUCCUCAAGGGAAAGCUCGAUCCGACCCCGUCCACCCAGAACGCAUCUAACUCAUUGGCUAACGGUCCAGAAUCAUUUGAAGAAUCCAACAGUCCUAAACUAAAGACUAAGUUUCAUAAGUUGUGGGAUAUCAAAGACAGGAAUAAAAUGAAAAGUAAAAUGUUAAGCAGUGAGCCAUCCAUAUUCAAAAAGCUGCGUGGUACAAAAUCUGACAUGGCGGAUUGCACCGGUAAAGGAUCUGAUAACUCGUUAGAUGCCGAACUCCGCGUCGAGGACAAGAUGCGGAGGAAGGCUUUUGCCCACUACGAUUGUGACAGUGUUAUUGCUAAUCUAAGCUAUGCAUCCAGACUGAGAAGCUUACUGAGUAAGCGACGCAAUACCACUACCGGUGCUUCUGCUGCCAACCGAUCGCAAAGUAAUCUCGAAAAUUUAAAUCCCGAGGAGACUGACCCUGGUGACGGGCAGAGUAAUGAGCUGUUGCUUAGUUGCCCGUUCUUUAGAAAUGAAUUGGGUGGUGAAGAGGAACGUGUGAUUAGUUUAAAUAGGACUACUUGUAAAAAGCAAAAACCACCUGAUGAUGCCUUUGGAAUAUCUCCCACAAUUCAUAAACCUAACAUGGCUUAUGGAUUAUCAGUGCUUGAAAAAAGUGGUACCUCUAGGUGGAAUCAGAGAUUCUGUCCGUACCAACGUCAUCCACUUCAAAUGGAAAAAGUUGGUGCUGGUGCAUUGUAUUAUAGAUUAUUUUUCCAUGGUCAAGAUCAUCAGAACUGGUUUGGUAAUGAUGAAAAUCUUGGGCCUGUUGCAAUCAGUAUUAAGCGUGAGAAAAUGGAACAUACAGACAAUAGUGCAAAAAACAGUACUGGUAUUGUCACACAUUACCAGUAUAGGCUUAUCGUUCGAACCAGUGAACUCCUUGUGAUGCGAGGUACAGUGCUGGAAGAUUCCGUGCCUACAAUUGCUAGAUCAAAUCAGCCAAGGCUCUGCCAUGCCAAAGAAGUAAUAGAAUAUAUUGCACCCGAACUUCAUCUUCCCUGCUUACGGCUGGCCGUUGGUGGAACACAAACAGAAGAUCAUCUUCUUAGGCUGGAUGAGCAAGGGCUCACCAAGACAUUCAAAAUAGGCAUAAUGUAUUGUAAAGCUGGUCAAGGUACUGAAGAAGAAAUGUACAAUAAUGAAUUUGCUGGACCUGCAUUUGAGGAAUUCUUAGAUAUGCUAGGACAGAGGGUGCGACUGAAAGGAUUUGAAAAGUAUCGUGGUGGCCUUGAUACUAAAACUGAUACAACUGGCUUGUAUUCUGUGUUUACUGCUCAUCAAGACUGUGAAGUUAUGUUUCACGUGUCAACAUUGUUGCCAUAUACACCAAAUAAUAAACAGCAGCUUCUGCGAAAAAGGCACAUCGGCAAUGACAUUGUAACCAUAGUCUUUCAAGAACCUGAUGCUCUUCCAUUCACACCAAAAAAUAUCCGAUCCCAAUUUCAACAUGUCUUUGUGGUUGUUCGUGUCAUUAAUCCUUGUUCAGAAAAUACAUGCUACAGGGUGUCCAUAAGCCGUUCCAAAGAAGUUCCUUCAUUUGGUCCUCCUAUCUCCGCUGGUGCUGUGUAUCCAAAAUCGAAAAAAUUUGCUGAUUUUCUUUUAGCAAAAGUGAUAAAUGCUGAAAAUGCAGCCCAUCGGUCAGAUAAGUUUGUGACCAUGGCCCAGAGGACUCGCCAAGAAUAUCUGAAAGACCUUGCUACCAAUUACUGUACAAACACUACUAUUGAUUCUGGUCCUAAAUUCUCUGCCAUUCUUUCAUUUGGUGGUCGAAAGAAAGAAAGGUGCCGUCCUAGGUUUAUCCCGGAUCGAUAUGUUUUAGGUGCAAUAUCUUGGCAAGUUCAGGUUGAAGAUUUCAGUAGAUCAACUCUAAUUGAUGUCCUGCUUGCCAUAUCUGUUGAUACUCUUCUUGUGAUGGAUGAGAAUACGCAAGAAAUUAUUUUUGUGUGUCCAUGUGCUUCUGUGCUUGGUUGGUCCUCACAGACUACAAGUUUAAAAGUAUUUUAUCAUCAAGGAGAAUGCCUUGUUAUUCGAUCAAAAGAUCCUGAUGUUGAUGAAAUUCAGGAAAUAGUGAGCAGGCUGUUAGCUGUCACUAAUGGUGCUGAGUCACAAGAAUUGAUACUCAGAAGAAAUAGCCUUGGUCAACUAGGAUUUCAUGUGCAAUUUGAGGGAGUUAUUACUGAGGUAGAAACAUAUGGUUUUGCUUGGCAAGCUGGCCUUCGUCAAGGAAGCCGAUUGGUUGAGAUAUGUAAAGUGGCAGUUGCAACUCUUUCUUAUGAUCAAAUGGUAGACCUUCUGAAGACAUCAAUGACAGUUUCUGUGACUGUUAUUCCUUCUUUGCCAAAUGAGAGACCUCGAAAAGGUUGCAACCUGCACAAUUGCAGUUAUCUCUCCGCUGGAAGCAUUGGUGAUUACGAAAAUAUAGAUAUCUGUGAUCAUGGUGAAAGCCAUCACAAGACGGCCACGCCUCGUCAACAAUCAGCUUUUCAUUCUCAGCGAAUCAGCUCUAGAAGAGAUGCUCAUUCGAAUUCUCAUCCAAAUAGAAGUCCGUCUAUGGAUCGUAUUUUACCAAAGCCUGAUGUGAGAACAAUUUUCUCCGAUGCAAGACGGGACCACAUUCAGCACCAUUCCAUUCUAUCUCUCAGAAACAUUCAAGAUUCAUCUCAAAGCAUUCUACCAUCACGGUUGACCGCCUACGCCGGUGUUGGCAGCUUGUCCUCGGUCGACCGAGAAGGCAGCCCUAAAUCGGGGACAACAUUUCCUACUCCUAGAUCAUCUCCAGUUUACUUGUCCAACUCUCAUGAUCACGGUCUUCCCACAUACGGCAAUAUUCAAAGUCACUUGCACCGGAGCUUCCACGACAGAAACCGCAAUGGCAUUUCUCAACGUCUCACCCAUAUUGGCGGUUUAGUGUCCGCCCGCAGUGAACUUUCUCUCACCGAGGUUAAUCCAUUCCAUAUGAGGACUCACUCUCAUCAAAAAAUAUCUGUGUGUCCGCAUUCUUCAUCGAAGAGUUUAUCUCCCACUGAUAGUUCAUCUGUCAUGCAGCGAUCGCAUCAAAAUUCACCUCAGUCACCUCCAUCUAAGCAAGGCAACUCAUUUUCUAAACGAUCUCCUUCUAGUGUCAAUUCGGAUUAUCAUUCUGAUAGUUCCAGUGACUGGCAACAAGGAGGGACCAGUAGUGCAGAUGAACUUUGUGAAUCUCGGGUCAGCAAUAGUCCUCACAGGCACGUACCGGAUUCUAAAUCACCCCAAUCACUUCUGUCCAGAAAAAUUCCUGAGUCAACACAAUCAAAACUAAGCAGACUAAGGCCUGGAGUUACCAGCUGCCACUCUCGACCGUCCAAGCCAACUGUAAAUUUUAUUGCUAUAGCUAGCAGCGGCAGUAGUUGUAGUGGAAGUACAAGUACUUUACAAGAAGACUUGUUUAAAUUAAUUAAUCCUGAGUACCUUGAUAGUGAUAGCAAUAGUGAGGAUCCUCCAUCAUCUCAUUUAGAUUCGGACACUGGUUCCAGAACUCAUCUUUCCACCCCAUCAUCAUCAUUAGANUUGCUCUCUCCACAUGUGAUAUCAGAUAGAGUUCAAAAUAAGUUCAAACCACUGCCACCUCCCCCUUCAUCCCCUUCCCUGCUUUCAUUAUCUGACAAUCGUGACAUGGAUUGGAGCAAUCUUCUCUCAUCUGCUUCAAAAGGAAAUGAAAAUUUGCCUUUGAAUGCUGCCUGGUUAGAAGAAGCUGAGAAACAACUAGGGUUAGACUGCAAUAGCUUAGCCUCAAAUAUUCCUAAUGUGAAAGAAUUGGAGGCAAGGUUAUUAAAGAUGCAACAUGAUUUAUUAAAGGAACAACAUCAGAAAGCUAAUCUGGAGAGUGAGGUUUUACAAUUGAGAGAAGAAAAUCAACGCUUACAGGAAGAAUCCCAAACAGCAGCAGUACAAAUCCAAAGGUACAAGGAAUGGCUCCUGCAAACUAGAGAUUCCUAACUUUUCAUACCAUUCCAUUUCAUUCUAACACAAAAUUCUUUCAAGAAUAGGCUGACUCACUAAAGUUAGAUUUCUUUUGUUCUUUUAUGGUAUUUAAAUUAUGUACUAAAAAUUGAGAAAUUUUUUUUUCCUUCCUGUUUUGAAUUGAAGAUCAUCUGCUUUGUGGAAACGCCAAGUUAGCUUCUGUGUGGAUUGGUCAAAAGAUGUGUAAUAUCAAAAAUUGCAUUUAUGGUUAGCUUAAUAAUUUAAUAUUGACUAUGUUCCUUAGAAACAUUUUUUAAACUAAGAAACAACAAAGAAUGGCUAGUAUAUUUUUAUGAAAUUUAUUGAAAGUAUUUUGAAUUUAAGGUCUUUGUUUUAAAAGGCCAAUGAAUUUAUAUGGUUCAUCACAAGUUUCCAAUAUUUGAUAAAAUAGUGAUGACUGAAUAAUGAAAAUUUAUUAAGAUUCUUGAGAAUGGCCUUUAUUGCCACCCCAUUAUUAAAAUGAUUUUACUUUUUUAAUUUUAUAUAUAUUAAUAAAAUUUAUUUAAAAGUGUAUAUAUAUGGAGGGAAAAAAUUUCUCUGAUAUGAAAUUUAAAAGUUUAUAAAACAUUUUUUUUACUCAAGAAUAAUUUUUUAUUUUUUCAAUUUUAUUUAAAUUAAGAUACAUUUUUGAAAACUGUUAAAGGGUUGUAUAUAAUUAUGUGUAGUAAAUGAAAGAAUUAUGCAAGUGGUAAUAUAGUUAUUUAAAGCUAAUUUACAGAGACAGAAAAAAAUAUAUUGAAGUUUAAGGCUUUUUUUAUUUACUUAUUUGAAAAGUAUAAAACUUUUAAAGCAUUUUAUAUAAUUGUCGGCUAAUUUUUAUCAUAAUCUCAGAAAGGACAAAUUCAAUACAUAACAUUUAUUUUUUAAAAAAUAAAACGUGGUUACAUUAAAUCAAAUUCUCCUAGCAAUAAUGUGCAAUACAGCAAUAAUAUCUAAAAGAAAGUUUAUUUUUCUAAGAAUAUUCCGUCCUGUUUUUAUUUAUUUUCAUCAUUCAUUUCAUGAAAUCUAAUUUUAUAAACUUAAAUGUAUUCUAUUUUAUUGUGAAGUCUACCUUUUUUUUUCCUCAAUUAUACAAUUUCUAAUCGAUAAAGCUGCGUCAAGAAAAAUGUGUUUGUUUAAAUCAAUUUUAUUUCCAAUUAAUAUUUUUGUAAAAAGUAUAUAUCUCUAAAUAUUUUUAACAGACAAUUUAAAUUUUUAAUAUACAAUAAGUGGAUGUGGCUAUUUCAUAUUUUUUUUUGAAUUCAUUCAUUUAUUUAUUAUUAAUAUAAAUUGUAAAGAUGUUUUGUUAAAGAUGUACCUGUUUUAUAUUGUUCAUUUUCAAAAUAUAAAUAUAUUAUUUAUUAAUAUCAUUUUGUAUUUAGCAGCUGUAUAAUUUUUUUUAUAAUGCAUUUUGUUGAAUUACUUUCUAUACCUGCAUUUUUUUAGCAUUUGUGAAUAAAAAAUCAGCUUUUUUGUAUUUAGUUUUUGUUAACUAGUCAUUAUAGAAGAUAUACUUGUAAAUAUUUUUUAUCUAUGUAAAUAAAAGUAUUUAAACUUC